AUGAUUAUUACAAGUAAAGGACCAGAAGAGUUAUUUAAUGAAAUUGUUUCUGUUAUUGAAAAAACAAAAGUUUCAGAUUAAAAGAAAUUUGAAUGCACUCCAAUUCAAAAAGAGGAUGAUAUAUCAUUUAUUUAAUUGAAUUCAAAGGUUAAUGCUUUAAAAACAUAAAAUAGAGAUGAAAAUUCUGAGGAAUAUGAAUAUGUUUAUGAAUAUGCUUAUGAUGAAAUUAAUGAUGAUGAACUUGGAGAAUAUGAAUAUAUCUAUGAAUAUUAAUAUGAAGAAUUACCAGAAGAAUUAAAUUAAUAAGAAUUCUAUGAAGAAAUAAAUGAUAUAUAAUCAGAUUAAAUUGAAUUUGAUUAGUCAACAGAUGAUGAUUCAGAUUCAGAAGAUACGGACAAUCAAAAUAUUCCAAAAGCUGAUUUAUUAGAGGUUUAAUAAAAUGAAAUGUGCUUCUAAGCUUUUUCAGAAUGUGAUUUCUAAGGUGCUUCACUUAAAAUUUGUGGACCUAAUCCAAGUAUUCCAAAGGAGUUAUAAAACUUUUUAAUCUAAUCUAUAAAAAUGCCUGAUUAAAUAAGAAUUACAUUCUAUACAAAUUAACAAUAGAAAAUCACCAUUGAAGGAGAUUAAGAAUGCUUAUAAAGACCUUUUGAAAUAGAUUAAAUGAAACCUUAAAGAUAACUGUUGAGUCAUUAAUGA